AUGGAGUCAUCACACCUCAACGCUGAAACGCUCAGCCAGGCGCUCAAAGCCCAAAGACUAUCAGAGCAAUCCACCCAAAAGACAAACACCACGACAGAGGACCCGACAUCCAGCACGCCAAAGAGUGAAUUCGAGCUCGAAGAAGACAAGGAGCAUCGCGUCAAGGCAAUCAAGGAAGUCCGUCGGCAGUUCACAAAGGAGGAGUGCGACAUCGUGCGGCGAUUUGGGGAGGAACUCGCUGCUAAGCGGGCGGCGGAGGCAGAGGCGAAGGCGCGGAAAGCGAGAGAUGCUGAGCAAGCACUCUUGGCUGAGUUCAAGCGAAAGAAGGCGCAAUGCCAGGAAGCUCCGGGAAAGAAAGUGGUCGAGUGGGAAGAUGAUGAUCUUGAUGACCUCUUCGACAGCGAUGGCUUGGACUGGGAGGUCUAG